AUGUCGACUCCAAAUGAUAUCGACUCCAUGGCGGGUGAAAAAUCCCGUCCUCUCGGCGAGGGUAAACAAGCGGCCCGCAAAGAACAGUCCAUGACCCUGUGGCAGGCCAUUCGCCUCUACCCCAAGGCUGUCGGCUGGUCGGUCCUCCUCUCCUCAACCCUGAUCAUGGAAGGCUACGAUCUAGCCCUUCUCGGUUCCAUGUAUGCGUCUCCAGCGUUCAAUCAGAAAUUCGGUGUUCAAUCAGCAUCCGGAAAAUGGACGGUGCCGGCUUCCUGGCAGUCGGCGCUGUCGAAUGGAGCCAGAGCCGGCGAGGUCAUCGGUUUGUUGAUAAACGGUCUUAUUUCCGAGCGUCUGGGAUAUCGCUGGACGAUGAUUGCCGCGCUUGCUGCCACGAACGCCGUCAUUUUUAUCUUUUUCUUUGCUGUUAAUGUGAAGAUGCUGCUCGCCGCCGAAAUCCUGGCCGGUAUUCCCUGGGGUAUCUUCCAGACUCUGCCCGCCUCCUACGCCUCCGAAGUGUGUCCCGUCGUCCUACGUCCGUAUCUGACAACAUUUAUCAAUAUGUGCUGGGUCAUCGGUCAGUUCGUGGCCGUGGGAGUCAACCGCGGAUCCAUCCAGCGCGGAGAUCAGUGGGCUUAUCGGAUUCCCUUCGCGGUGCAAUGGGCCUGGCCGUUGCCCAUCAUGAUUGGGAUCCUCUUUGCACCCGAAUCCCCCUGGUGGCACGUCCGCCGCGGCAAUAUCCAAGGUGCCAAACGAGCCCUGCAGCGGCUCACCUCCUUGAGCGACCCAGAUUUUGAUCCCGACGAGACCAUUGCCAUGAUCCAACACACCAAUGAGCUGGAAAAGGCCUUGUCGAGCGGCACCAGAUACAGAGACUGCUUCAAGGGAACGAAUCUCCGUCGGACGGAGAUUGUCUGCCUUGUUUGGCUGGUUCAGACCCUCUGCGGACAGAACCUGAUGGGAUACUUUGCCUACUUCUGCGUUCAGGCAGGGCUGCCGACAGUGCACUCGUUCGACCUGUCUCUGGCACAAUACGGCCUUGGCUUUCUGGGUACCGUGGGAUCGUGGUUCCUCAUGACCUACUGCGGUCGCCGGACUCUGCACGUCGGCGGGUUGGCCAGUCUCUUCACCCUGCUGAUCAUCACCGGCAGUCUUUCCUUUGCCCCCGGGGAUAACAGUUCGGCCAAAUGGGCUAUCGGAGCCAUGCUGAUCAUCUUCACCUUUUGCUACGACUUUACCAUCGGUCCAGUGACAUAUUCGCUGGUGUCAGAACUGUCCUCCACGCGACUCAAAGCCAAGACGAUUGUCCUUGCGCGCGUGGGCUACAACGUCAGCAACAUCGUCGUCAACGUGUUGACCAACUACCAGCUCAAUUCGACUGCCUGGGACUGGGGUGCGCGCACUGCGUAUUUCUGGGCGGGAACCUGUCUGGCCGGCUUGAUCUGGUCGUACUUCCGACUCCCUGAGCCCAAGGGACGGACGUACGAGGAGCUGGAUCUGCUCUUCGAGCGUCGCGUAUCGGCUCGCAAGUUCAAGGAGACGAUCGUCGAUCCGUACGAGGGAGAAGAGCAGGUGGAAGUCCGAGAGGACCACCUUAAGGAGUAA